CCAGGGUUUAAAUGAAGUGUUCUUAUUUCUAAUGCCAUUUCUUUUCCUGAUAUUUUCCAGCAGGUAUUAAAGAGUACGAGUUUGUUGCUUAGAGAUAUUGUGACAGUUUAAAAUAGAAAUAUGCCUAAAGAGAGUAAUUCUGUGAAUUAAAGAACUGUAAAAAGGUUUCCCACUUCACAGGAGAAUGUUUUGAAUAUACCUUUAAACACCUGACCUUGUCAUCAAAGACAGUCACCUGCCUCCACAUACACAUCCCUUCCAGGGGUUGGAUAGCCUGUGGCUCUAACAUCAGCAUCUCUUACUAACUCAAAGUUUUAUACAGACAUUGCCAUUCCUAAGGGGGCUGGGUUCUGCUUGUUAAAAACACAGCCAAAGCUCUCCUCAGCAAACAGCUUGGUAAUUUGCUAUUGGUGUUCACACAUUGGUGUCUCAAGUCCCUUUCCAAGGUCUGGCCAGAGCCAUGAGGAAUGCCUCGGUGGUGACCGAGUUCAUCCUGCUGGGCAUCCCACACACACAGGAUCUGGAGACGGUGCUCUUUGUCCUGUUUUUGACCUUCUACGUCUUCACUCUUGUGGGAAACCUGCUCAUCCUGCUGGCCAUUGCCUCCUCCGCUCGACUGCACACUCCCAUGUAUUUCUUCUUGUGUGAGCUGUCUGUGUGUGACAUAUUUUUCCCUUCUGUGAGCUCCCCCAAGAUGCUCUUCUACCUCUCAGGGUACAGCCGAGCCAUCUCCUAUGCGGGCUGCGUGUCCCAGCUCUUCUUUUACCAUUUCCUGGGCUGCACCGAGUGCUUCCUGUACACGGUGAUGGCCUAUGACCGCUUUGUGGCCAUCUGUCACCCUCUACGCUACCAGGUGAUCAUGAGCCCCAGGGUGUGUGCCAUCCUGGCCUCGGGGACCUCGUUUUUUGGCUGUGUUCAGGCCACCUUUCUAACCACUCUCACCUUCCAGUUGCCCUACUGUGGCCCCAAUGAGGUGGACUACUUCUUCUGUGACAUCCCCGUGAUGCUGAAGCUGGCUUGUGCGGACACCGCAGCCCUGGAGAUGGUGGGGUUCAUCAGUGUGGGCCUCAUGCCCCUCAGCUGCUUCCUUCUCAUCCUCGCCUCCUACAGCCGCAUUGUCUACUCCAUCCUGCAGAUCCGCUCCGCCGAGGGCCAACGCCAUGCCUUCUCCACCUGCAGCGCCCACCUCACUGCCAUCCUACUUUUCUACAUGCCAGUGGUCCUCAUCUACUUAAGGCCAACGCCAAGCCCCUUGCUGGAUGCAACGGUUCAGGUCCUGAAUAACCUGGUCACCCCCAUGCUGAACCCCUUGAUCUACAGCCUCAGGAACAAGGAGAGGUCAUUUGGUGAAUAACUUUGUGCUAUGGGUGGGGAAUGCAAAGAUGAAGAAGAGCUGAUCCUACCAGAGUGAGUCAUAGUCUGCCAGAGGAAAGACACAAAUGUGCAGCUGACAUCCCAUGAUAAAGAUGUGAAAUAUGGCAGGAAAUACAGAGCAUAUUUUUCUGGGGCUGUGGAGGGACCUCACAAAAGAGGUGUUGAGGGUUGAAGGCUUUUGUUUGUUCUGUCUUCCCCCCAUAUACAUACCCGAUAAAGAAUGGCUUUUAGAGGGAGAAAUGUUUUAUAGGGAGAAGCAUCUCAAACUUUUGUUUGUUGUGUUGGUGGGAAUGAGACAUAAUUCCUUGAGUGGGUAUCUCAACUAUUUACCAUCUGUGAGUGAACAUUCUUGUAAGAAUAAUUAAGUUAAUUUCACCUGG